UAUGUGACCAUAAACCGAUUGUAUAAUGUCAUGUGAGUCGUUUUAUGAAGCGGAAAUGCACAAAUAGAAUCCGUCCUGUGUUGUUCUGUCUCGGCUGUCGGGCUAGCCAACUAACGUAAGAGACUGGGAUCCUGAACCAAUAGUCGUUAGAUAUUAAUCUCAGCCAUUAUCUAAUUGUUAUUGGGUUCUUAAUAAUAGAAUAGCAGUUGUGUCACUGGCCUCACACAGGCAAUCUCUACAUGAUAACAAUUGCUCAAACAAUCCCACGACUGCUGCAUGGUCACACACACUAUGUAAGAAGUAUGUGCUUUUCUUCAUCACAUCGCUUUUAUUGGCUAGAGUGGUAUAAAUAAUGUUUCGUAGACACAAGACAAAGUAUUUUGCCUGUCCAUCAAGUCGUUUUCCGUUUUUUAAGCCUAACUUUUCUCAUCAAGUUUGAGUUACUGAUAAUGUCCAGGAACCAGCCACAUUUGUACAUGUUUUUUCACACAUUUUUAGGUAUUAUAAAUCUUAUUAUUUUCGUUUUUGUCUAUUCUCUCGAUUCAUUCUGACCGUUUUAUUGGUCCAUAGUCCGAUUCGUGUAGUUAUUCUGGUUUGGGAACCAGGUUUUGUAGAGCCCUUACAUAAUUAUGUAGUUGACAAACUAUUCAUGUAGACUUGAUCUGUUAUAUUUCUUCCCAUCGAUCUUUUACAAAGAAAAGGCACAUUUUGUAAGGUUACUUAUAAUUACUUUUUACAAGAAAGUUCUUUAUUUUAUUUAACGCAACUGGGAAGCGCUUUAUAAACCACCAGGUUAUCAAUUUUGUUAUAGGUUUACUAAGCGUUAGCCUAUUCUCAUUGUUACACUGUUUUCCUAAGUUUGCUUUGAUAAAUAUGGAUGUGCCGUAACUUUCAAUUUCAUUUUUCUAGUAAUUUCAGCCUCAACAAAUUAGCACAAUUUUCGCUAUCAUUGGAAAAGAUUUUGUAGAAAGUUGGCUGCAUCAGUCGUCCAGUUUCUGUCAGUGUGAUUAAAAUGUCCCAUGUUUUGCGUAAUGUACAGUUCUUCCAUCAUUUGAAUUCAUUCAGACGUUAUCUCAAACCUUUAAUUCUGAACCACUCAAUAAGAAAGUUUGAUGAAAACUCCACCCCUGCUUCCAAAACAGUAAAUGUUCGAUUUGUUGAUCGAAAUGGUAACAUCAGACAUCUUGAAGGAGAAGUUGGAGAUAAUUUGAUGGUACUGGCCCGCCGGCAUAAUAUUGAAAUAGAGGGAGCUUGUGAGGGUUCUCUGGCAUGUUCCACUUGCCAUGUCUAUAUUGAUCAAAAAUUUUAUGAUCUGCUCCCACCUGCUUCUGAGGGGGAGGAAGAUAUGUUAGAUUUAGCUGUUUUCCUACAAGAAAACUCUAGGUUAUCCUGCCAAAUAAUGCUGACCAAAGAACUAAAUGGAAUAACAAUCACUUUGCCAAAGGCUACAAGAAAUUUCUAUGUUGAUGGACAUAUUCCACAACCUCAUUAG